AGGGGGGGGGCGUCGAGUAGCUCGGCAGACCUCCAUGCCCAGCAGAAGGGAUGCGAGGGAUCAACAAAGGCUGCCCAGGAAAGAUGGAGGGCUAACCUGCAUGCUCAACAAGCGGAGAAGCCGUACUGGCACGGCGGCGUUUUGAUACGGGGGUGGAGGAGGGAAAAAAGCACCACCUUCUGUGUAAAUCUUACUUAAUUUCGGAGGGGGGUCGAACAUGGGGAAUGAGGCGAGCCUCGAGGGCGGGGAAGGGGGGAUCUCCGGACUACCAGAAGGGAUCGCUCCCGAUGGCAAAGGGGGAUUCAUCCAGGUCCCCGCAGGAAUGGAGGCGGACCUGAGCAAGCUGAGUGAGGAGGAAAGGAAGCAGAUCGCCGCCGUGAUGUCGAGGGCGCAGACGAAGCCGCCCUCAAACGCCAAGGAUGCUCCGUCGCCAAGGAAAUCGGAUAUAGAUGCAAACCAUCAGGCUCAGCAAGCAGCCAAGCCUCCCGCCCAGACACCCGCUGGGAUCAGCAAGAGCCGGACCGUCGAUGCCUUCCAGACGAGGCCCACGGCCCGCCAGGUCCCUCCGGGGAGGAGCCCGUCUUCUCUCAGUCUUCUAGAGUCGCGCUCCAGGCAGGAGGCGCAAGAGGAGCCUCGCUCCACCAUGUUCUCCUCAGGCUUCUUGAGCGGGGCCAACCCCCUGAGUGCAGUUUCCUCCGCCGUGAACAAGUUCAGCCUUUUCGGGGACGACGAGAGCGAAGAGGCCAAGAAGCAGAAGGAAGCCAAGCAGAAGCAGGCGAGCAAGCCUGCCGACCAGCCACCCCGUCCGGCUGCAGACUCUCAGCAUCAGGGGUCACCGAAAAAGGGCCAACAACAGGGACCAAAGCCUGGUGGCCCCUCGACGGGGCCCGCCAAGGCCGGGGCUUCAGCCUCAGGACCUACGUCUGACAAGGUCUGUAAGCUGUGCAAGACCACGCAGCUGAACCUGCACACCAAGGAAGCUCCCAACUAUAAGACCUGCACCCAGUGUAAGAGUGUGGUCUGCAGCCUGUGCGGCUUUAGCCCUCCAGACUCGAAGGUGGAGGAAUGGCUCUGUCUGAACUGCCAGAUGCAGCGAGCCCUUGGAGGGGCAGCCCCGUCUGGACCACCCGCGGCGAAGACUCAGCCGUCCAAGCAGCCGCCUGCGUCCCCUCAGAAGAAUCAAUCCCCCGCUUCUGCGCAGCUGGUCAAGUCCGAGCCCACCAGGACCACAGAGUCCAAGAAGCCCUCACCACUGGUGAAGCAACAGUCGACUAUGGAGGCGACCCCUCCAUCUGCAGCAAAGCCCUCUGGACCGAUUCCCGAGCAGGCCAAGCCCUCCUCGAAGCAGGAGGUCCAGAAGGCUGCAGAACAGCCAGGCCCGGCGGGAGGCAAGCCACCCAGUGCUGAUGCUCGCCCACCUCAGCCCGCCGGUUCGGCUCAAGACCCACCCAAGAAGCCAGCCCAACAGCAAGGGCAGCCCCCGGCUGCCGAUCCUAAAGCGGGCCAAGCAGCACAGGACCCGGGCAAACCAAAGCAAGAGUCUGGCUUCUUCGGCCUGAGCUUAGGCGGCUUCUCUGAGCCUGCGAAGCCCAAAGCACCGAGUCCACAGCCGACCGAAUCUGUCUCGGGGAAGAUGUUUGGCUUCGGCUCAUCCAUCUUCAGUUCGGCAUCGAACCUUAUCUCGUCUGCCGUUCAGGAAGAGUCCGUGGCCCAGAAGCCGGCAGGACCGCCAGGGCCGGGGGCGACGGCUGCCCCUAAAGAGCCUGUCCCAGCCCAGCCUUCUGCCAAGGCCACCCCAGCAGCAGACACCAAGUCUGAGACCACACAGAAACAGGAGCAGGCCCAAGUAGCCAAAGGCCUGCAGCCUGGUCAGGACAAGAAGCCUGCCGACACAGUGAAGGCAGGCCAACCUGUCCCAGGGCCUACAAAAGAGGCCCCAAAAGCUUCUGCAGCUGUCUGCCCGCUCUGCAAAACAGCGCUCAAUGUGGGAUCCGAGGGCCCCCCCAACUACAACACCUGCACCGAGUGCAAGAACACCGUUUGCAACCUCUGUGGAUUUAAUCCCAUGCCUCAUCUCGCUGAGGGAGAGUGGCUUUGCUUGAGCUGCCAGACGCAAAGAGCGAUUGCUGGGCAGAUCGGAGACAUGGACGGAAAGCAGCCGUCAAUGCCAACGCCUGCAAAAGCACCAAGCCAACAGCCUGCUGGUCCCAAAGGCCAGGCGUCCCCGGCGAAGCAGCCGGCUCCACCUCCAAACGCCUCUGUCAAAGCUCAGUCCACACCACCCAAGCCAGCCCCGGAACAGCCCAAGGCUUCACCUUCUCUGACCUCUCUCUCCGCGGCCCUAACGAGCGUGUCCACAAUCAACCUGCCGCUAUUCCAGAAGCUUAAAGACACAACCCAGACAGAAACCGCGAAGGCAGCUGAAGCGACAAAGAAAGACGAGAAAAUCACAGCUGUAGAGCCCAACAAGGAAAAAGAAGGAGAUACAAACUCAACAACCAAGAAGGAACUGUUAAAGCAACCUGUCCAACAAGAAGCUCUUAAGCAAGAGGCGAGUCCUACAAGCCCCUCAGACUUGGCUAAGUUGGAGAGUACAGUGCUUCCAAUAUUAGAGUCUAACACAAGUACCACUGAUAAACACAAACGGAAAUUAUUGCCAGUCUCACCUGAAUUAAUGAGCUCUACAGGGGGAGGCUCGGGAGAUAUCCCACAGGAUCUGACUCCCACCAAGGAGACAUCUAAUGAUCGCAGAAAGGUACUUGAACUGAAAAGCACUACUCUAGAUGGGAAACGGCGACAAGACUCAGUGGAGGAUAGCAGUGGAAGUGAACCCUCACCCCUCCCGCAGGGGGAAAGAAACGUUGGUGCAGGGUCCUUUGGCAGUGAGGACCUUAGGCUGUACAACCCAGGCUUGGGGGAUGAUGAGGACUACAUUCGCAGGCAGAUCAUGGAGAUGAGCGCCGAUGAAGAUGCCUCCGACGAGGAUAAUUAUGUCCGGAAGCAGAUCAGAGAGCAGGAUCAACAUUUGGAGCAGGAUGAGCGAAAGGGUAAAGUGAAAAGUGCAUCGGGAAAGCCUAAGCGUUUGCUGAAAAAGAGUAGUACUGCCCCAGAGGAAGAAAGCAAAGAUCAAGGACAAAAGGACAUUUCUGACCAAAAAACAAUGGAAACCAAGAGUCAAAUGGAGGACGAACUGUCAAUAGUCGGAGGCCUUCGACGUUUUAAGACUAUUGAACUUAACAAUACCACGGCAACACCAUAUAAGGAAGGUGCCCCUAUGCAACAUAGUACAGAAGAAGACGUGGAGAGUCUCACUGAUUCUCCCGAGGACAGAUCAAGAGGUGAGGGCUCGUCAAGUCUACAUGCAUCCAGCUUCACACCAGGAACAUCACCGACUUCAGUGUCUUCUUUAGAUGAAGACAGUGAUAGCAGUCCAAGUCAUAAGAAAACGAGUGGAGAGGGCAAACACCGGAAGGCCAGGCACCGGCAGCAUGGACAAAUGCUCCCGACUAUUGAGGACUCAUCAGAGGAGGAGGAGAUGCGAGAGGAAGAAGAGCUUCUCAAAGAACAGGAGAUGCAGAGAGAUGUGGAUCAUCAACAACAGGCAAAGAAGAGCUCCAGCAAAAAAUCUAAGAAGGACAAAGAGGAAUUACGGGCACAGAGGAGACGCGAGCACCCAAAAACACCUCCAAGUAAUCUCUCUCCUAUUGAGGAUGCUUCCCCGACUGAGGAGUUACGGCAGGCAGCAGAGAUGGAGGAGCUCCAUAAGUCAUCUUGCUCAGAGUAUUCUCCAAGCAUAGAGUCAGAACCUGAAGGAUUCCAGAUCAAUCCAGAGAAGAUCGUUGCUGUUCAGAAAGUGUACCAGCUACCAACUUCAGUGUCACUCUAUUCUCCCACUGAUGAGCAACAUGAAAUGACAAAACAAAUCUCAAAAAAGGAAUUAAAAAGUGCAGAUGAAGCGUAUGAGGCAAUGAUGCUGAAGGCAAAAACCUUUCAGCGCAAAGACAUGGAAGCACCAACCGAAAAAGAGACACUUUAUGGAGGCAUGCUGAUUGAAGAUUACAUUUAUGAGUCAUUAGUUGAAGAAACUUGUGAUGAAACAGUGGCUAAGAACUAUUCCACAAAGCAGGAAGAACCCAGUGGGAUGUCCAUGCAAAAACCUUUGAAGAAACUAAGAUCACCGGAUGAGGUAUAUGAGGACAUGAUGCAGAAAAAGAAAAGCCUGAUGCCUAAAGAAGUACCUCAACAAAAAGUCCCAGUGAAACAGCCUACUCCCACUGCCAAGAUUCGCCAUGUGGCUGAUUCCACAGGUGAACCAGUUCCACUGACAAAGGAUGGAAAGUCGUUGUUAGAUGCUGAAGCUGCAUAUGAAGAAAUGAUGAAGAGGCAAAAAGUUAAUUUGACACCAGGAACAAGCCCAACACAGUCAGUUCCAGGGUUGCGAGCCUCACCAGAAGUUGUGAUUUCUUCUGGAAAUGGUACUGAGGACACUCAGGGACAGUCUGUAACCUCUGUUAAACAGGUUGAUCCUCUGGCAUCCUCUGUUUCAUCAGAUGGCAUUCUCCAUAGGGCACUCUAUCCCAUACCUGACCUAAAAAUAACUCAGUGUUCUUCUGGGGAGGAAGAUGUGGAAGAAGAGUACAGUAUUGGAGUACAGGAAGCUGAUUCCUCAACAUACGUUCCACAAGCCAUUCAGCGUGUUAAAAAAGACAAACAAGCAUCUGUCACAGGAGCACCAGGUACAUCCAAAGGGCCUACAGAUGACGUACAGCCAACUAUUGCUGAUGUUCGAAUGCCAAAAGUAGGUCCUCCUCCAAUUUCAGUUCCAGUGGCAACUUCAGCUCCACCUCCUGCAUCAGUUGCAUCUCGAGUGCCAGGGAUACCUCCAGUUCAAGGUCCGACUUUACCUCCUACACCAGCUCCACGUUUUGCUCCUACUAAAUCUCCCAUCCCCACUCCCAGUACAGUCUCAGGUUCUGUGCCAAUUCCGGUAAUACAAGCCAGUCCACCCCGAGCUCCUCCUCCGCCACCACCAUUACCACCAUUUCCCCAGUCUGCUAGAGUGGGGCAGGUUCCCACAACAACUCAUUUGGAUAAGAGUGUUUCUUAUGCCUCUCCUCCAGAUUCCACUCCUUUGGAUUUCACAUCGCAGUCUGCAGCUGUAAACCUACAGUGUGCAGUGGUUGACCUCACUGUGUCAAAGUCUUCUCCUGAUGCCACUUUUGUACCAGAACCUAUUUCAAGGACUACUGUUGCAGCGUCCAGCUUAGAUAAUAUUUCUUCAAUGGCCCGAAUGUCAGAGGAGGGAAGCCCCAUAGCCAGGACAAGUGGUUACCCCUCUUCUAUUCCCUAUUCAUUUUCCAGCUCUACACCUCUUACUGCUGUUAGUUUUUCACCCUUACCCACCGUGCCUCAGUAUUCAUCCAUCGUACCUAGUGUAAUAUCAACAGCUGCUACUACCACUAUUUUGGUGGCUGCUCCGCCAACAUUUGCUCCUCCUGUGCCCCCCAAACCUAUUGCACUGAUCAGAGGCUCAUCCCUGGAGAGGGUGGAUAUGUUUGCCCCUGGACUACCCCCCCCACCUCUACCUCCACCCCCUCCCUUACCUCCUACCACUAUGCCUAAGCCAAGUGUCUAUCCAAAAAAGAAGCUUCCCUUUGGCACCCCAUCGGCAGUGUCGGCUGUGACAGCAUUGCCGGAUUUGACGGGUGUCACAAUGGCAUAUUCAACUGCAGCACUUGCAAACUCCAAUGCAGCACUAAGGAGCUCUGUGGCUCCAGUCUGUAGGCCACAUGUUCCUCCACCUGUACCACCGAAACCAUCAUCCUUACCAGCUGGUUUAAUGUUCAGUCACAAGCCAGGAGAAGUCAUUAAACCUCCCGUUGCUCCAAAACCUAUGGUUACUCAGUCGGCAUUGAGUAAUCAAACCAUAGCAAUGCCACUACCACGACCUGUAGCCCCUCCAAGCACCAUUGAUAUGACACUGAAUCUAAGUGCCCCACCAGAGUGCAAGUUAGCCGCAGCAUCACCAAAAUCUCCUUUGUCUCCCAGAUAUUCAAACUCUUUACAUGAAACUUAUGUAGUCAUUACACUGCCAUCAGAACCUAGCACUCCCAUUGAGGGAAUUUCAACCCAAGCUCCCAUUAGUCCCGGGUUAGCUUCCCCCACAAAACACACAUCAUACGCAACACCUCCUGUUGUUCCAUUGGCUUUAACUCAGUACACAAAAUCACUUGAGUAUCCAGAAGUGUUUGGACCAGAGAAUCUAGUUUCAAGUAUGAGUAACGCCUUCUCUUCAGUUUCAGCAUCUGCACAGCCUACUGUGGCUUUGCCUAACCUUCUAGCUCAAGUUAUGACCACAGAGCUACAAAAAACUACAGUGUCUGUUGUUCACGGACAGUUAGCUACAAAACCCCCUACACCAGCACCAAGAGCAGCCAGUGCAACAGCUACGACUUCACCUGAAACAACAAAGAUAUCAGUAACCGAAAAAGAAAAUGGAAAGACAUUCUACUCUGGGGAUGCUGUUGAUCUUCGAACGUUAAAGAUCAAUGAAAAGGCUAACCAAGGUGUGGAUCUAUCGGCACCAGAAUUAAAACGACCAUGCACUGACAGCAAUGGACGACAGAUGAGUACUGUGCAUUCUACAGUCGUGAAUCUAAGUCCAGAGGCCCUGCCAUCUUUAACUCAGUCAGUUGUAACUAGCAGUAUAACCAUUGUUACCUGUACUACCACAAUAACUCUCAGUGGCAAUGCUCCUGACAAGCCUCUAGACUUAGCUCAGUCGACAGCAAUCGCACCUCUGCAGCUGACAACAUCCAAGUCAUUUGAGCCUGUUGCCCAAAUAAUAUAUCGACCCAUCGACUCAAAGCCAAAAACCACUUCCACUGCAGAAUUUCCUGUUAAUCUGUCUUUCGGAUCUACUACCAGCAAAGAAUCUUCAAAGUCCCCUGUGCAAGUUACCCCACCAAGCAUAGCUAAUGGCACUUCUGCUUUGCUUGCCCGUAUAGAAACAGGACCAGAUGGUGCUGUGGACUUGACCACAUCAAAACCAGUUCAAACUAUGGUAACCGUCAGUGGGCCUUCGAAGGUGGUCACUGCAGUCCUUGAAGACGAUGGCAAGCCUGUGGACCUUACAGCCGGACGGCGAGCGGUUUGUUGUGAUGUUGUGUACAAGCUGCCCUUUACUAGAAGUUGCACAACACAACAGGUAGCGACGACAUUGCCUGAAGACAGGUUCGGCUACAGAGAUGACCAUUACCAGUAUGACCGUUCUGGACCUUAUGGCAGAAGUUUUGGUGGUAUGAAACCAUCUAUGUCUGAUACUAAUUUAGCUGAAGCUGGAAUGUUUUUCUAUAAAAGCAAAAAUAGUUAUGAUUAUAAUCGAACUACAGAUGGUGCCAUAGACCUGACUUCUGGAAAAACAUCUGCAGAUGUCAUAAUGGACUACUCAAACAAGGGAAAGAGCAGAUAUUCCAGCUUGACCAUGCCUCCAUUUUCUCAAGCCACAGUGACUCCUCCUGUCGGAACUCAUUUUGGUGUCAAUAGUGUCUUGAGGUCUUCAAAUGGAGUUGUGUACUCAUCAGUAGCAGCACCCGUCCCUUCGACCUAUGCUAUUACCACCCAACCUGGGUCAAUUUUUAGCACGACCUGCAAGGAUCUAUCAGGAAUGCACCCCAGUGACACCAUGCCAUCUCUGUCAACAUUACAAAAUCAGCCCCUUCCACGGUCAUACAGUUUCUUAUCAACCACAAUGACAGAACAAGAGGAACCUAUAUGCUUAGAAACUGGUGUCUCAAAGCAGGGACUACCGACUACCUUCUCUGAAGGUAUUCCUUCAGUAACAACAGUCCAAGAUUCAUACACAGAUGGAUCACUCGAGGCCAUUGCAGCAUCUUUGGAAGCACUGACCUCUCCAGGCAUUUCAGCAGCAGAUGAUAGCCAGCAGCAGCAGCAGUAUCAGAUGGAGCGCGAGUUCCUCGAAAUGGAAAAAAUGAAGCAGUUGCGUCUAGCUGAAGAGAUCGAGUGGGAGCGGCAGGAAAUCCACAGGUUCCGCGAGCAGGAGCAGCUGAUAGUCCAAAAGGAACUGGAGGAGCUGCAAACGAUGAAGCACCAGAUCCUUUUCCAGCAGGAAGAGGAACGUCAGGCUCACCUGAUGAUGCAACAGGAGACAUAUGCACAGCAACAGUUACAGCUGGAGCAAAUCCAUCAACUGCAGCAGCAGCUCCAGCAGCAGCUUGAGGAGCAGAAAAUUAGACAGAUGUACCCAUAUGGCUAUGAUGCUUCUGACGGCACCUCCCCUCCGACCAGUUCAGAGCAAAUCCCCUUGGAUGCACAGUAUACACAGGGAGAAAAUGGUCAAUACUGGCCAGUGCAAGAUGACAACACAACAUCGACUACGGUCACAGGCCUUGACUUGCAACAAAAGGCAACAUGGUACACUGUGCCCUCUGAGGGUAUUGCCCAGUACAUCCCAAAUGUAACAGCUUCUGAAAUGUCUCUUAAAGAGUCAGAGGGCCCAGAAAAUCUCCAGAUUGCCAACAAAAUUCCUAGGGCUCCAUGGCAGUAUGAUGAGCAUAGUGUAGACUUAUCCAGUCGGAAGAUAGUAGACAGUGGUGUGCAGACAGAUGAUGAGGAUGGGGUGGACAGGGCUUACACGGGAAGGAAGAAGAAAAAUAAGAAGAGUGUGGACAGUAGCGUACAGACAGAUGACGAGGAUCAAGACGAAUGGGACAUCCCUACCCGGAACAGACGCAAGUCACGCUCUAGCAAGUAUGCUGAUGGCGAGAAAGGCAAGCAGGCCUCCAAAGUUUCCAGCAUCGCGAUCCAGACUGUGGCCGAGAUUUCAGUCCAGACCGAUUCUUCUGGAACAAUCAAGAAGCCGUCCGUCAAGGCUCAGAUGGAUACUAAGAUUGAAAUCAUCUCUGCACCAGAGAAAACGUAUACUGGGGGUAGUAUGAGCUGCCAGACAGGGAUGGAUGACGAUAAGAUGUCUCCACCGAAAGACAAGAGGCGCCCAACGCCCUUGGAGAUCGACUACAACACUCACCUAAAAGCCGAUUCUUCUUUGCAAGUGGUGCCGUCACCUCCAAAGUCCCCCAAGGUGCUCUACUCUCCCAUCUCACCCCUGUCACCAAGCAAAAACCUAGAAUUCGGGCAGUAUGACAAGUCUGGCGAUGCGAGCCCACAGAAAGCGGUGGUCCCCGAGUCAUCGAAGACUCCCCCAAGUCCGAGAACUUUGAAGGUCAUGCAGCGUUCCAUGUCGGAACCCAAGUCACAGAGUCCAACAGCAGAGGACCGAUCAGCUUCCAACUUCCAGUACUCAGAAGGAUACAGUGGCAAAUCGUCUCAGAGCAGCACCCCGUCAGGCACUCAGAAGAAGGUGAAACGCACGCUGCCUAACCCGCCGUCCGAAGAGGAGGCCACCGCGGGCCAAACCGGUUACAGUACCGGCUCGGCCCGGCGCCGACUCUGCCGGAACACUACCAUGGCGCGGGCCAAGAUCCUCCAAGACAUCGACCGAGAGCUUGAUCUCGUAGAGCGAGAGUCCUCCAAGCUCCGGAAGAAGCAGGCGGAGCUCGACGAGGAGGAGAAGGAGAUCGACGCCAAGCUGCGGUACCUGGAGAUGGGGAUCAACCGUAGGAAAGACGCCCUUCUCAAGGAGAGGGAGAAGAGGGAGAGGGCAUACCUGCAAGGGGUAGCUGAGGAGCGAGACUACAUGUCUGACAGUGAGGUCAGCAACAUCAGAGAGGGCAGGGGAAAUGGGCACGGGUUAGAGAGGCCAAGAACUGCCCCGCAGUCAGAAUUCAAUCAGUUCAUCCCACCACAGACCCAGUCUGAUGCGCAGUAUGCCCAGCAAACAGAUCCUUACAAUCAGUACCAGUAUGCAGCCCAAACACAAGCUCCCACUCAGUACCCCCAGCAGACACUCUAUCAGCAACAGUCCCUCUACCAUCAGCAGGUGUCUCCUUACCAGACUCAGUCUAUCUACUCCUCCGUACCCACGCUUUCCUAUCCCCAGGCAUCUCACCAGCAGUCUCAGCAGCAGAACUACCAGCAUGCCUCUCAGAUGCUCCUGAUGCAGCAGAAGCCAAGGCAGACGACUCUCGCUGAGCUGGAACCAAAGAUCACCACCACUUACGAGGUCAUCCGCAACCAGCCCCUCAUGAUCGUGCCGUCUUCCACAGACAGCACGUACGCCACCCACCUCGGGAGCAAGUAUGGCAGCCUUGACCUAAGGAUAGGACUGGAAGAAAGAGGCAGCAUGGCAAGCAGCCCCAUGUCCAGCAUAUCUGCUGACUCCUUCUAUGCAGACAUUGACCACCACACCCCCAGGAAUUACGUCCUUAUUGAUGACAUCACCGACCUCACCAAGAGCUCCACCGGACUCUCAUCAGGUUACGGCAUUCCUGACAAGGACCUCACCAAGGCGGACCGGCUCCUCCGUGCCGCCGAGGUGCGACGCUCCGCUGAGAUGACAGACUUCCUAGGGCCCCUACAGGUGUCCUCCAGGCUGCACCCCUAUGGAAAGGCUGAAGAGGAAACCAUGGAGGAACCAUAUGAGCUGAAGCUCCUGAAGCAGCAGAUAAAACAAGAGUUCCGCCGGGGCACUGAGGGUCUGGAUCCCCUCACGGGUCUUCCUCACUACUACCCAACUGACAGCAGUUACAGACAUUUUCCAAAAACAGAAAAGUACAGCAUCAGCAGGCUGACAUUAGAGAAGCAGGCUGCAAAGCAGCUUCCUGCAUCAGUUCUCUACCAGAAACAAACUAAACAUAAGAAACCACUCAUGGAUCCUAAGAUUAGCAAGUUUUCCGGUAUUCAAGAAAGCAGGGAUCUUGAACCAGAUUACAGUAGCUACUUGGCAUCAAGUGCCUCCUCAGUAAGCAGCCUCGCCUCAAGGGCUAGACUCAUUCAAGAUGACAUUACAUUCGGACUGCGAAAAAACAUCUCUGAGCAGCAGAAGUAUCUUGGUUCCACACUCGGGGCAAAUCUUGCACAGUCUCUGAAUUUAGGGCAGACGUUAAACCUUAGCCCCACCAUGAGAUCUUCACUACAGGAUGACGCUGCGUACCCGAGCGGUAGCAGGUCAAGACCCUCCUCUAGACCAUCGUCUGUCUAUGGACUUGACCUUUCCCUCAAAAGAGAUCUGUCCAGCUCAUCCUUAAGACUGAAGACGGAGAGCGAGCCAUUGGAUGUUUCGUACACAUCCUCUGGGGUCAGGAACAAGCCCACCAGUCUACCUAUAAGCCAAAGCAGGGGACGAAUUCCCAUUGUGGCACAGAACUCCGAAGAGGAGAGUCCCCUAAGUCCGGUCGGUCAACCAAUGGGCAUGGCCCGGGCUUCCGCUGGGCCCCUCCCACCCAUAUCUGCUGACUCAAGGGAUCAGUUUGGUUCGAGCCAUUCUCUCCCUGAAGUACAGCAGCAUAUGAGAGAGGAGUCUCGAACCCGGGGCUAUGACCGGGACAUAGCCUUCAUAAUGGACGACUUACAAGGUGCUAUGUCCGAUAGCGAAGCACUAAGUGACUCCCUGGUGACUUUGAACAGAGAUGAUCCAAGACUCUCUCAUGAGAAUAUCAAAAACGCGGGAAUCACUAGCUGGGAUGUAGAAGCUUACCACCUGCGGAGGGAGGAGACUGACUGGUUCGACAAGCCCCGGGAGGCGCGGCUGGAGGACGGGCACGUCGCGGAGCGGCGACAGGGGCCACACAGAAGCCAGCAAGGAGACGUAAAACCAGUGCAGUACCCGUUCCCACACUCCAGAGUCAGACUGCAGAGGGACUCCAAAGAUCACAGUGUAUCAGGAAAUGGACUGGGAAUUAGAGUAGUGGGGGGCAAAGAGAUUCCUGGGAACGGCGGGGAGAUUGGAGCAUACAUUGCCAAAGUUUUGCCGGGGGGAACCGCAGAACAAACCGGAAGGAUUGUGGAAGGAAUGCAGGUGCUGGAGUGGAAUGGCAUCCUUCUGAACGGGAAGACCUACGAGGAAGUCCACGGCCUGGUGGGGCAGCAGUGUGCGGAGGCAGAGAUAUGUGUGCGACUGGACCUGAACAUGCUGUCUGAUCCAGAGCAUCCCCAGCGGCUGGAGCUCCCAGACCAGAUAAAAGCUGGAGACAGACAGAGGUCCCCGGGGGUGGACCCUAAACAGCUGGCUGCAGAACUCCAGAAGGUCUCGCAGCAACAGGCACCUUCAGCAUCCAUGUCGGCCUCAGAGAAAGGACUCUACGCCCACUCAGGCACUGCGUCGGCUGCCUCCAGCUCCGUCCCCAGCCCGGGACAGCCGGGAUCGCCCUCCGUCAGCAAAAAGCGCCACAGCAGCGGCAAACCCACGGACGCUGCAAAGAUCGCUUCUCAUCCCAUCACGGGUGAAAUACAGCUCCAAAUAAAUUAUGACAAGCAGCUUGGUAAUUUAAUCAUCCACGUCCUGCAAGCCAGAAAUCUGGCACCCAGGGACAAUAACGGCUACUCCGACCCUUUCGUCAAAGUCUACCUGCUGCCAGGAAGAGGCCAGGUCAUGGUUGUUCAGAAUGCCAGUGCCGAGAACAAGCGACGGACCAAGCAUGCUCAGAAGAGCCUGAAUCCAGAGUGGAACCAGACUGUCAUUUACAAGAACAUCCACUUGGAACAGCUGAAGAAGAAGACCCUGGAGGUAACUGUCUGGGAUUAUGACAAAUCCUCCUCCAACGACUUCCUUGGAGAGGUGUUGAUCGACCUGUCCAACACGGGGCAGCUGGACAACACGCCCCGCUGGUUUCCCCUGAAGGAGCAGAGCGAGAACAUCGAGCACGGCAGGCCACACUCAGGACCGGCAGGGACCCAGCAGUCCCCAAAGCCGUCGGUCAUCAAAAGCAGAAGCCAUGGCAUCUUCCCCGAUCCGGCCAAGGACAUGCAGGUGCCCACUAUUGAGAAAUCUCACAGUAGUCCUGGCAGUUCCAAGUCCUCCUCCGAGGGACACUUGCGCUCUCACGGACCGUCACGCAGUCAGAGCAAAAGCAAUGUCACUCAGGCCCAGCUGGAGGACGCGGGCGUUGCCAUAUCGGCCGCCGAAGGUGCCGCCCAUCAGCUCCGACUCCAACCAACGGCGCAUAAACGCGGGCCGGCAGGCCGUGCCAAGGAGCGGCACAGGCACAGCGUAGAGGGAGUCCUCACUAUUCAAAAGACUCAGUCUGACUCUCUGCCCGCGCCAGCCAAUGAGAGCAAAGACACAAGUCAGCUGACCCUCAGGAAAGUGAUGUCAGACGGAACGUCCAAGGCCAACGGAGCGAGGCCGGGCCACAGGGCACCGGAUGUCACAGUGACGACAGCCUCCUCCGGAAGUGGAUUCGGUGGCAGCGGUUUCAACCUGGACGGGGACGCGGGCGGCCCCAAUGCCGUAGACAGCGCCAUCUUUCAGGUCCCCCGAAUAGGGAAGCCGCUACCCAACGGCACAGACAAGACACGGGUACCAGACUCCCUGGGGCUUCCAGACGCUGAAGGCAAAACCCAGGUGAUGGGAGAGAUUAAAAUCGCUCUGAAGAAGGAGAUGAAGACGGAGGGCGAGCAGCUCAUCGUGGAGAUCCUCCAGUGUCGGAACAUCACCUACAAGUUCAAGUCUCCGGACCAUCUGCCAGAUCUUUACGUAAAGCUGUACGUGGUCAAUGUGGCAACACAGAAGAGGGUGAUAAAGAAGAAGACGAGAGUGUGCCGGCACGACCGAGAGCCCUCCUUCAACGAGACUUUCCGCUUCAGCAUGAAUCCUGCCGGACAUUCCUUACAGCUGUUCCUGGUGUCCAACGGAGGGAAGUUUAUGAAGAAGACCCUGAUUGGCGAGGCCUACAUCUGGUUGGACAAGGUGGACCUGCGGAAGCGGGUGGUCAAUUGGCACAAGCUUCUCGCCAGUUCCACCCAGUCUCAGCCUUAGUGGGCGGGAGGACCUCAGGGUCCUGGCUGGUGUCACACUGGAUGGGAGUGGGGGGUGUAGGACAUCAAAGCUGUUUUGUGACCCCCCCCCACACCUACCUUAAGGAGAAUGGGUGGGUGGGCCUUCAGGAGUUAGCUAGGACCAUGUUUGUUUGAGGUGGAUGAGGUGUUUGUGGAGAGCCAGGAAAUCUGAUCCGUUCUAAGUGAAACGGAGAAAUGGGACAACCAUGGGCACUGAAGGAGGUCGGGCUGAAAAGACGGCAUCCCGGGUGACUGGGGACAGGAUAGCCAAAGCAAUACUGCCGCGGGGAUCCAAAACCCCACACCAAUCAAGACAAAACCCAAGAUGUCAAGAAAAACUCAUUCAGCUCUCAUAUUCCUCAUCCCAAGCCCCCCGCCCCCCCCACCACCACCACCACCACACACAUACACACACUUACAUAUCAUUAAAUCUUAAUUUCCUGUCAUUUCACUUGUAUUUGCCGAGCCAGGACACAAACCAAUCGAUGAAUAUAUGUAUAUAUAUUUUUAGAAUAUUUUAUUGUAUUUAACCAUUCAUGCAGCAAUGAAAGAUGUCAAAUAUCGAAAUAUGGUCAGGGAAAUUUCAACUUUCAGUAAAUGUAUACAUCGGACAGGCACUUACUCAGCAGUCCCGUGAUUUGGAAUCAGGCUGGUGUGCGGAGCCGGGAAUGACCUCUCAAUCAAAGAAUCUGCCUGCUUCACUGACUGAUCCCUUCUCACUCCGGACCAUGUGUAUACUUGGCUGUACAUAUUUAAAAAAUGUCAUAUAUAGGAGGCAAAUUGUACAGCGUGAAAGAGCAUAUUUAUUAGAGCAGAUAUAAAAGAAUAUUUUGGAAGUAUAAAGUGGAUUAAUGGUGUCACGGUAUCAAUUCAUUAACAGAUAGACUACAUUAUUAGCUGUUUCUGCUACACACUUAAUGGUAUUUAUUUUGUACAUAAUGGUGUUUGAGUCAUGGACAAUCCCUGUUCCCAGUGCACACUGGCAGUUAUGGGCAAAUGUUCUUUGAAUGCAAAUCACGGAGCACAAACUUUGUAUCUUCUGUUCUGCCGUUCAGAAAAGUCCAAAUAUAUCGUCAUUGACAUAAAAUGUCAAGUGGUUAAACUCACUCAUAACCCCCCCCCCCCCCCCCCCCGAAAUGAUUAGUUUGCACUAUGUGAUGUCAAAGGAUGUGUAAAUGUUUAUCAUUUUAAUUCAGAAAGCAGAAAGUUGUUGCUUUAUUUAAAGGUGCUAGUAUCAGCUGUGUCUACAGUAACAUUUCACUGGGCAAAAAAACUGCCUGGUCCGAGCAGACACCACAAAACGAACCUGCCUUGUGGAUCUACACGGGAUAGAAUGGGAAUGUGCUACAUUUUAUUUCUGUUCAGUGUUUGUGGUGUUGUGCUCUUUUAUAUUCACUGUCGGAUGCUUUAAGACCUCUGCUGAUCACGGUCCGCAGGUAGAGACCCCAGGUUGCUUCUUGCUUCUCCGGCUGCCUUUGCCCUGGCGAGCAGAGAGAUUGUCAUUUACUGGCAGUUAUUGACAGAGUCCGCCGACGCUCUCAGCUUGUAGAUAACAACUGCAGGGGUCACCAAUUUCGUGUCAAAUGCAUCAUGUAAGGUGAUUAUCACACAGUUGUCAAUGUAUCACCAUAAUGGGUGUUACGUGUGUGCAGUUUUGUCACUUGUAGGUUGCGUUUUUGUGUCUUAAAAAAAAACACCUAAAAAUGAUAAUGCAAAUAAGAGAUUUAGCGUUUUGUAAUGCUGCAGUUCUGGCUCCACUGUGUUGAGUUACAAUUCUAGUCCUCCAUUGUAAUAGGUGUACUUUUAUUGCCAAAAAGUGUCAUGUGUCCACCCAACCACAUGGAUGUCACAAAAUCAGUGUGACGCUUUUUUAAAUGGAACAGACCAUAUUUUGUGUACUUCGUUCUUAUUGCCCCAGAGAACCUAUUGUUAUACGUGAUACAAAUCUUCUUUACUGCCCUCUACUGUGGGAUUGUGGUAUUGCAUUGUUUAUUAAUCCGAUUUAACUUUUUUUUUUUUUUAAAUAAAAAAAAACUAUUUAAAGUAACACUUUCAAAACAUGUAAUAAUCAAACGGUGCAACUUAGAUUUAUAAGUACUAACCUAAUGGAUAUUCACCGAUCUGUAGCCUGUUGUGAAAACUUAACUGAAUGAGAUAAAACAAAAAAAACUUUUUUGACUGCAGAUGAAUCUUAAAGCGGCACAACGCGUUAUGUCGACAAAUGCUGCAGAGAUCGAAUGGCAGUUUUUGCCCGUGCAGUGCUCAGAGCUUAAGGGUUGGUUCCACGGUAAUAAGUAAAUAAACAAAUAAAUAAAUACUUUUCACGUGCCAACCUUAUUUGUAUCCAAAAUCAUACGUUUAGUUGAAGUGAUUCUAUGCAACAUAGACUUUGUGCUUUGAAUGCAUUUUCGUAACUUAUAAAAAAAUUAACAAACAUUUUCUCUGAAAAAAAGAAUAUUUAAAGAUAUUUUACUUUCCAUUUGUAUAUUGUUCUAAAAAUAUGUUAAUAUUUUUGUUUGUUGUUAUUUUUUUGUAUUCUAACAGAUUCGGGGUCCAGUUAUCUAGCGCACUUUAAAUUAGUGGCACGUGUUUUUUUCUUGUCUUGUCCAGGUCUUUCUCGAGUACUCCUUUGUUAUAUAUAACGUUGUACAAAAUGCAGUUAGUUGUUCAUUUUGUUAUCAGCGAAGCUGGGAGGAGAAUAUUGGCACAAGCAGCACAGACCACAAUACGCGUUUACAGUGUUCGGGGGAUAUAUGCAUUCUAGCCGGUGUAUUCCGUUUUACCACAUGGAGAUUGCAUGUCGUGAAUGCAUCUAUUUUUUACCACGCAUUAAUAUCUUGGUAUUCAGCCUCCGCUCCAAUGUCCUUCGACAAAACUCAUUUCAUUAAUCGUCAAAGUGAUCAUCGUUCUGAACGUUUAUUUAUCGGUGAACGUUAUGUUUAAAACGCUUAAGCAUCUGAAACUGCGCUUUUUUAUUUCGGAGGAUGUGUUUUCUAAUGUCCACUCAUACUCAACCUUGACUUUUCAUUGCGACUUUGUUGUUUGAUGUUGAUAUGGAGACGAAGAGUCUCGCAAAUCUAUCUUGAAGUGAACUGUGAGAAUGUGGUUUCUUUGUAACCUUGUAAAUACGUAUCUUUUUUUUCUACAAGAAGAGAUUUACAUUUAAUUUGGUCUGACACUCAGCAUGUGAAUGUGGGGAAAAAAUAUAAAGUUCUAUUUGACUGUACAUGUAUAGUUGUCCAGUGACGUGAUCAGGUGAUCAUAUAAUUGGCGCAACAAACUGUAUGCUGUUUUUCCAUCAACCGUACAGCAGAUCUAACCUAAAUAAAUGAAUUAAUAAAUAAAUACCAUGAGUAGCUUCAAGAGAAUUUAAAUGUUUUCACACUGGAUGUUGCAUGUUUUGGUGGUUGUUAUUUUUUUAUUAUUAUUUUAAAUUAUUAUUUUUUUUGCUUCCAGAUUCUAUUUAAAAAGAGAGGAAAUUGUAUAAAUUUAUUUAAAGAAGUAUGCUGACUGUACAAAGAUAUGCUUGUAAAAUCUGUCUGGGUUUUCACUCUAUGUAAAAAUUUAAAAGAGAAAUAUAACGUCAUGGUUUUGUGGUUGUACACAGGAUGUAUCGAGCUCUUCUGCAAAUUGUGCUGUAAAAAAGACGGUUUCCCUGAGUCUAAAUAAUAAAUAUA